UUCCUUAAAUUGCUCUAAAACCACAAACGUUUCCCCGCCCCUUUGAAACCAGGAUGUACGCGAGUUGAUAGGGUGGCGAAGUUUUUCUUGCAAAUCGAAUACAUUUAAAAUUUGUAUUUUUUUUUUCAAAAUAAUAGCAAUGAAAAUAAAAGUUUUCCUUUAACUCUCUCAUCGUCUCGCUUCGCCACGUGUAGCUAUUUUAAGAUCGCCGGACAGAAAUCCCCUUGGAUUCAAGCUGCGACGCUGUUAUCGGGUUACUAGUUAAGAUUAUUACGGAUUAGUCCUAAAUUUAUUUUAUUCACUGUAGACUCGUCUCCUUUCCUAAUCCGACAUAAAUAAAAUUCGCCUCCUGGGUUCCCGACUCGCCUGACGGAAGCGCUCUCGAUGCAUCCAGGAGAAGAAGCCGUUACAGCCCCUCUCUCUAUCCCAUCCUCCAGCGGGCUGGCCGGCGACACGGAGCUUCUGGCUUCUUCGGACCGAAAAGAAUCGCUCAGUACUUACCGGGAGUUCGUCACAAGCACAUACAUGGACUUGAUGAGUGCCAACCAGCACUCUAUACACGCCCUAAACUGGCGGCGACUCUACCUGAGCAGGGCGAAGCUGAAAGCCUCUAGCAGAACAUCGGCGCUGCUGUCCGGAUUUGCAAUGGUGGCCAUGGUAGAAGUGCAGCUGCAAGAUACAUUUUCCUAUCCACCUGGUUUACUAAUUGCUUUCAGCGUGUGCACCACAGUCCUGGUGGCUGUCCACCUCUUCGCCCUGAUGAUUAGCACCUGCAUUUUGCCACACAUUGAAUCUGUCAGCAACAUCCACAAUCUGAACUCAGUGUCGGAGUCACCACAUGAACGCAUGCACCACUAUAUUGAGCUUGCCUGGGGCUUCUCCACAGCCCUGGGUAUCCUCCUUUUCCUUGUAGAGGUGGUGUUGCUUUGCUGGGUAAAGUUUCUGCCAGUGGGAGUUCCGGAGAUGAAAGAUGGACUGAUAAUAAAUACGACAGAGAAUUCCAAAUAUGAUGAGAGUGAGCGCUGGAAUGCAGCUUUAGCUGCCACAAUCAUCAUGGUUCCAGUUGUACUGAUUUUCAUGGCUUUUGCCUUUCAUUUUUAUCGUUCACUGGUCACACAUAAAACAGAUCGGCACACACAGGGGCUGGACGAGUUGAAUCGCAUUAAAUUUCAGCUUGAUGAUGAAGACUUGACUGUGAAUACAGUUUAAAAUUGGGCAAAACAGUUGGCAGUUUACUAUUUGUGUGAAAAAUUCAUAGAGCAAUGAUCAUUUCAAGUGAACCAUCAUGUUCAGAGACUCGCUUAGUGGCCUAUUUCAGGCAUUUCAUCAAGUACAGAAACAAAUUAACCCCUGAGUUUUUUUCUUAUAAGAAUGCAGCAACACAUUUUUCUUGUAUGGACUGCAACUUUUUCUAAAUUCUAUUCAUUGUUUAUUUCAAAAUGAUGUUGUAAUUUGGAAAAUGUGACCUUAUUUUAAAAGUGCCUUUAAAAAAAGUUUAAUGUGUUGUGUGAGCACAGAAUAUUGGUCAAUGAUGGUUUGCCAGUAUGACAAGCAUAAUGUGCAUUCCUGAGACUUUAAGGAAAUAUUUUCCAUUAUUGUGUGGCCAUUAGGCACAUACGAAACUCACCAUUUCCAGUCCUGAUUUGCCCAGAUCUGCUAUGAGACAACAAAAAAUGUGUCAAACUGCAGGAUAUCAACCUUGGGAGUCCAUGAUUAAUGAAUUACCUUAAUCUUGGAUUGGACACACAACACAAGUCCAUUAGUUGAUCCACUUAAUGCUUGAAGUUGUACCCAUGUUCCUAGAGUUAUGUGUCUCAGCACUUUAGCAACAUUCUGUGUGAAUAUGCCCUGAUGUCUUUCUGCUCUAGUGAAUCUUCCUAUUUCUUGAAAAUUUAUGAAGAGCCUAUCUUGACCAUAUGUGUAUGGAUGUUUACCCUUAAAUCUAUCAUCAAAGUCAUUUAAUCUGGUUCAGAGUUGUGGGAGCCUCUCUUGGCAGCAUUGGGUGCCAGUCUCUUAUAGGGCACAAUUAAGAACAUAAUCAUAUUGUGCCAAUUAGGAGUCACCAGUGUAACCAAACACACCUCUUUGGCAGGAGGGAAGACUGAAGUACCCAGAGAAAAAAAAUACCUGCAGACUCCAUGUGGACAUUGACCAGGCCAGGAACUAGAAGUAUGAGGCAAGAGUGCCAACCACCUUGCCACCCAGGCCUUCUGUUAACACUGUAAAUAUAAGAGUUACAGUUUAUUGGCCAUAUUACAAAACCUGGUUAACAGCAUCAAAAAAGUCAAUUCAAAAAAAGUGAACAUAUAUAUUUUAUCAUUUUACCCCUAAAUGGUUCUAUUUUAAUUAUAUAUGGGUUUAAUUUUUAUACACCUCCUUUCAUAUACUUUGAUGAAGCUAAUGGGUACAUAAUGGGUACUGUGAAAGUGUAAAUUCAGCUCUUUCUUUGACUUUCUCAGGAUUUUUGUAUUUUUAGACAGAAGAUUUGUCAAUAGACAAUUUUUUUAAGUGCUUUAUUUAUUUUUUUUAAAUAUAUUAUAAUGUAGGAUCACUUCUGGUGCUGGAGGGGCUUGUGCAAAAAAAUGCCAGGUACUUCUGUUAAUUUUAACUUUUUUAAUCUGUUCAUCAUAACCUCACCAUUUCACUCUGAGUUAUCAGUUAUUGUACAAAUCAUGUCCUGAUUUGCUGUUGUGAUAGCAGUUUGUAAUAAAUUAAAUGGAUUGGGAAUAUUUUAGAUGAUGCAAAGGAAAAAUAUUUAGUUGUCCAGAAAUCAUCAGCUAUAUACUCCUUUUGGAUGAUCAGUUUGCAUGUAUGCAUUGCUAUAGAAAUUAAUAUCUCUUCCAGUAAAAUAUUGGAAAUGUAUCAUGGGAUGAGAAGACAAUUUUAGAUUUUUUUGAAAAGAUCUAAAGGAAACUGUCAUCCCAGUUUAACACCAAUAUGUGAAGGUGAACCAAAAACAAAACAGCAC